AUGUUGAAAUUUGCAAAAAUAAUAAGUGGUCAUUCAAAUAAAAAGAAAAAAGAAGAUAUAUCUGCGUUGCGUAAAUCUGCAGAUACUUUAAAAGAUUAUUCUGACAUUUCGAUAGUUGACAAAAUUGACCAAACUAAUCAUGCAAAUUCUUCGAUACUCAAUCAAAUUGAUGUCACUUCUACAGACAACAAUUCUAAUGUUGAGUCUAGUACUUACGCGGUAGAAGAUCCUGUAUGGUCAACAAUUGAAUGGAAUGUUCAAUCUUUCGGAAUUGAUGAAGCCUCAAUAAUAACAUCAAAUGUGUGGAAUGAUGAUAAUCAACAACAAGUUCGUAAUAUUCGUAAUAUUAAUAGAAAAGACGGAAUACUUAGAGAUGAUUUUGAAGAAAAUGUGUGGGCAGAUGUACAAAUUGUUUCUUCUAUACCUGGUUCUUCCUUUACAGCCACUGAGUUAUCAAAUAAUAUCGUACAAUCGGUAGAUAAUAAAACUCCUCUGACAUUACACGAAAAAGUUGGUCAGUUUGUACAGGAAACAUUAAGGAACCAAGAGUUAUUAACCCCACCAUGUUUACUAACUCCACCAAAUAUGGAAAAUGUGCCUUUAUUUCCGUCUACUAAAGAGAGUAUCGGGCCUAAAAAUAGAUCGGUUCACAAAAAUAAGACAAUAAAUUAUAAAGGUUAUUCAUCUGAAAUAGAUCAAAUGGAUCAUUUUAAUGUGGAUGUAUCAUUUGGUCUUUCAAUUAGGUCAUCUUUUGACGAUCUUUUAACCAAAUCCACGAAAGAUGAUAAAGACUCCACAUAUAAUGCAAAUGUUGAUAGAUGUGAAAAUCUCGUCACUGGAAAUAAAAAAAUAGGCGAGAAUAUCAGUUCAGAAUUGAAAGAAUCAAUUGAUUUCGCAGGGUACAGUUAUAUUGAAGAUACUAAAAUUAGUGAACAAGAAGUCAACCAUGAAGGCAAUCUUGCAAGAACAAAGAAUAUUCAAAAUGAUAUUAUGUUCCUAGAAAAUUGUGACAUCAUUAAUAAUAGCGAUGAUUUUGAAGUUCUGAAUAAUGAAAAAAGCCGCCUGGGUCUAGCAAUAAAUUUCGAUCAUCUUGGGUCACCUUCUGAUAUGGCUUCUCUCUGGAUUACUGUUUUGGGCAUGCCUGAUAAUUCUAAAACGAUUUACCAAUCUAUCGAUGAAAUGUCUCCGUCCAUCGAAGAUCUUGUAUAUAGUGCCCAAGAAUCUCUCGAUGCUCGACUAACUUGGAUGUCAAUUAUAGAAACUUGGGAUUACAAGAAUGGUGCAGGAUUUUCUUGGAGGGGUUCACAGAUUCAGAGUCUUUACUUAAAAUCCAUUCUACCUAUCUAUAGGAUAGGGCCAGCAAACAAGCUUCCUGCCAGUGAAUUAUUGGGUGAUAAAAAUAUCAUACACUCACCAAUGUCUGUUACAUCGAUUAACCAGACUUCAGAUAAAGUUACUAUUUUAAAUGAUAAUUUGUCUGAAGGUGAUGUGGACGUCAAGCAAGAUGAUUCAGAUGUAUCUGAAAAUUCAAUAGAGUUUAAUCAAGAUUCUUCAGUAUCAGCAUCAGAAUUUUCUUUAUUGGAUUGCAUCAACUCUCAGACGGCUAUUGUACCAGCAUCUCUACAAAAGUCAGAUAUAAUUUUCGGCUUUGAAGAGCUGAUCGGAUUAGAUUUUACUACAGAGCAUCCUUCAUUGGCAAAAAAAAUUGAUGAUUCUAUAAAAUUACAAAAAACCCCAGAUCAAUUUCAGAUGUUUAUAGAAUUUGCGAAUGGCAAUAUGGAUUCUCAAAGUUCUUUACAUUUAUAUGAUCAUGAAACAAAUUCAAGUUUUACAUCUAUAUCUUCGGAUUUUGGUGAAUUUGUAUCAGCCGAAAAUGUGCAAGCUGUGUCAGAACAUUCCUCAUCUUUAUCCGAGUUUGAGGAAAUUGUAUCAUCAGUAAACGAUGACAAUUCAACUUUAAAACAAGAUACAUGCAAUAAUUCUCCAGAAUCAACCUCACAACAAGAUACAUGCAAUAAUUCUCCAGAAUCAACCUCACAACAAGAUACAUGGAUGUCUUUGUCUGACCUUUCAUUUUUAGAAUAUAUUACCAUUUCUUCUCGUAAACCACAUCAAGAUUUAUUAUUGGAUUUUAACAACUUUAUUUCCCUGAAAUCUACUACUAAAUAA